AUGCGUUUGUGUGGCGUUGCAUCGGCAUUUCUAUCAACACUCAUCCUUAUCGCACACAUCGAUGCUUCUACAAACUUAAAUGUAUCAGUUACGGACGUCCAAAACAUCUCAUUACCCGGAGAUCAAAUCGGUAACUUUACACAAAGCGUUUCGGGACCACCAUCCGGAGACGAGGAGAGGACCAGUGCCAACAGCGCUAUUCGCAAGGUGGAUCUAUUUGUUGAAAAAUUAAUCACAUUUCAAGUGGCAUUGAGGGCGAAAAUUAAUCGCUUUUUGGCUAAGCUGAAGCUAGCGUGGUGGCGGCUGAGAAAUGUGGAUCCAAACGUUACUUUCAACAAGCUCAAUCUCCACGAGGCCGACAACGACAUUUUGUCUCUUGACAAUUUUCACACUUGGGUAAAACUUGUGGAAAGUUACAACUUGCAGCAUCCAGCAGAACAAGUGUCGAUUUUGUCAAAGUUACAGGAACAAUUUGGUGAAUUUGAAGUGUCGAUUAUGUUGGAACAGGCGAAGAAUGGAGCCGACAAGUACACGGAAGACAUUGCUUUAGAACUGCAACACGAGCAGAUAUCACGCUGGAGAGAUGAUAAUCUAAGUUUGACUGCACUUUAUAAGGCGUUGCAGUUUGGCAAGAGUGAGCCGAGCUUACUUACAGGCCCUGCAUUGCGUGUUUGGAAUAUUUACACGAGCAAUAUCGAAUCCGCUGAGACAUCGCUCUUUGAUUAUCUUUAUCAAACUAUUGAGGACGCACAUUUGUCCUCGUUACUAAUUGCAGCAAAACAAUCACCGGAGACAGUAGAGCUUGCGACAAAAAUUCAAAAUCAAUUGCGUCAGAAGUGGCUGGAAAUUCUUGUGCCGCCGAAUCUUGUAUUUCAGCAUUAUAAGCUAGAUACUAAUCCAACUCACCUUCUCGACCGGCCUGAGACAAAACUAUGGGUUCGAUAUCAAAAAAUGUAUUGGGGUAAGACAAAGAAAGAAGUGACGUUGAAGGAGAUGAUUGAGGACUUUUACAAAGCGGACGAGAUCGCAAUUAUCAUCAAGUCGGCAACAACUGAUUAUGGGAAGCAUUUAGCGAAAAAAUUGCCACAAUGCGAUUCGAAACAUUUCAAGACUUUUCAUAAUUUAACGAUCCUACCGCUUCUUUUUGUCUUCCACUACACGAUCGGCGCAGAGGACGACCUAUCAUCGGAAAAGAAUCUUAUCUCGCAAUACAAUCACGUACCCACAUCUUGCGAGACCGCUAAUUGUGUGGCAGGCGGAUGUCUUUUUGAAAAUUGUGCUUCUCCGCUUCUUUGUCGGGGUGGACUCUGCUACUUUCGGAAAUGUAAGGACGCCACAUGUGAAGGCGGGGCUUGCAUCUUUGACAAUACAGCAGAAGCUUCAUGUCCAGGUGGCGGCUGUCAGUUUGUUAAUGUACCCGUUACGCUUGCGGACGGCUAUUGCGAUGGCGGAGGCUGUACGCUGGAUGGAGAUGAUCAUCCAUCUAGCCUGGCCGGUUCUCUCGCGGAAUAA